AUGACGGGAGCAGGGACAGAGAGGCACUGUGGGGGAGAAGCCAUCAGCCGAGGUUGGGACCAUGAGGUCUGGAAGCCAUGGCCUUGGUCUUCUGUCCUCAGCACUGUUGACCCAGGUACAGUGGCCAGUGUAUUUGAGAAAGUCACAAGAGUUGUGGGCCAAGAGAUGGAUGCUGGAGGGGAUACGAUUGCUGUCAGAAGUAUUAUGGAUGCUGACAGACUUCACUGCUUAAGUCUUGUGAAGAAGAGAUUUAUUCCGAUGCUGGCACUUCAGGACAGGCUUUGUCUUGUAGGACAGAGUGGAGAGAGAAGAGGGGCAGAACUCCCUAAGAGCAUGAAGGGAAUUACAGAGGAGUCUACUCCAUCCCCCCGCCUCCAAGAUCAGCUAUUCCUGAGGUUUCUUGGGUUUCAGAAGCCCCAGAGUCCAAAUGCUGAGUUCCAAGUUGAUGUGGUAGACUCAAAGGGAAGUUUGAAAGUGCAAUUACCAAAAGAAAUAACAACUGAAGGGAACUUCCAAAGGUCUGGGAAGCCGAGAAUCAAGAUACCAGAGUACUGGAUACCCCAAUGUCCAAAUGCUGAGUUCCAAGUUGAUGUGCUACCCACUUCAUUACAGUCAGUUCAGACAGUGAGAAAAGAUCUGUCUCUGGUGACAGAAACUCCAGAGGCAGCAAAGGAGCAAACCCUGAGAAGUGAGUGGCACCAUUUCUAUUGGAGGCCGAUGGAGCUCAUCAGUCUCGGCUAUGAAGCCAAGGUUAGGAUCCGGGAGACAGGGCCAGCCGUGGCCCACCCACUGCAGGCCGGGGGUGCCAGCCCGGGCUCUGCAGCUCUGCAGCUCUGCAGCUCUGCAGCUCUGCAGCUCCGCAUCCAGAUCUUCUUGAGCGAUCUUGCCAGCAACUUGGCCUUCUUAUGGCUUCUCAGGAAAGCUAUCACUGAGAUUGUUCAGGAGAUAGGGCAGGAUAACUACGUAAAGCAUCUAGAACCAAAGGACAGUGACUAUGGAGUAAAGCAGCUUAUCUUCCCCAACGCGGAGGGGAUAAAUAUUUGUUUCUCAGGCAAAACAAAAUCCUUUCCAGAGGAGGAGGAUGGUGGUUCAUCUUGCUUAGGUAAGAAUGGGAGCCAGCUGUGUUCAGGGUGGCUGCACCCACUCUGGUCUCAAGGACCACAGCUCAGGUGGGGUAGCUGCAUCUAUGUGGAGGCUCUCCUGGAACAGAACUGGGUUGAGCAGCCCCAUGAUGUGGGCCGUGACCCUGAAGCACGAAUUCUCUGUGCUUAUGUUGCUGUCUCCAUCCUGCUGCAGUUGGGUGAGAAGCCUGGCUUUGUGUCCUCCUAACUGUAUGUUAGCUCUUUAACCGUUCUCCCCACAAGCCUCUGGGUACUCUCCUCCCUAGUCCUUCCUCACCUGUACCCCCCAUCACCAGAACAAUAUGUUUAAGACAAAUAGCUGCUGUUCUUUGAUACACCAUUCCCCCCAUGAUAAUGUCUACAAAUAGUCCUGGAUUGUAUGCAUGGACUUUUGAUUAAAAGUGGCAGAUUGAGCAUAUCAAAUUCCUCUCCCUCUGAAACCUCACUAAAUGACAUUAAACAAAUAGAAAAUAAAGAAACCCACAAGGAUAAAGAGAAUGAGGCAGAAGAAUAAGAGAUUUCAACACAUCUUUGGAAGCCAGAAAAUAAUAGCAGGAGUGCAGGUUGGGAAGUGUGGGGCUGGGGGCAGAAGAGCACAGGAAAAGAUUGCUGUUUUUGUGUCAUAUUAGUUCUAUUCAAUAUUCUUAAGGCAAUGUAACUAAAAGAAAUAUAUACUUGUAAAGCAUUUCAAAUACUUCUCAAAGUCUAAGUCCACUCCUCCCUCUAACAUAACCACUGAUAACAUUUUGAAGUAUGUUAACAUGCUUCCUAUGCAACAGUUUUUAAAAUGGUAACUUAAACAGGAAGGUAGGAUGAUAAAACAUAAAUUUGUAUCUUUUGACCUAGUUAUUUUUUCUUUUAAAUCUAUAUAAGAAUAUUAUAUGCAAAAGGAAUUCACAUAAGUGCUGUUGGGAAUAUAUGUUGGUCAACCACUUUGGAAAAGUGUUUGACAGUAUCUACUAAAGCUACACAUAUGCCUAUGACACAGCUACUCCACUUUCUAGGCAUAGGCCCUAGAAAAAUGAGUGCACAUGUUCACCAAAAGAGAGUCAUAUACCUAAACAUUAACAUAGGAGCCCCAAGCUGAAAACUAUAUGUCCAAUAAAUAAGGAUGGAUACAUAUAUCAUAGUAUAUUUAUGUAGCAUUUUGCACAGACUUAAUGCUAAGCAAAUGAAGCCAAACACAAAAGAACAUAUAUUUGUUUGGGUCCUCUGAGAAACAGGUGCCAAAAUGGAAUUAGAUGUGCAAGACUUAUUAGGGGAAAAGCCUGAGAAGAAUAAAAGAGGAGGAAGCAGGAAUAACAGGGGGGAGCAGGCAUGGCAAGCCUUCACAUCACAAUGCAGGUCUAAAACCUGUGAAAGGAGAGAAGGAGGGAAGCAUCAAGUAGGAAGAAUCUCAGACUGCAGCACAGUAAUCUCAGCCAAGCCACCCUGAGCACAGGUAGUCUACUGGAGAGGCCCCUGUCAGGCAGGAGUGGACAGGCGUUCACACUCCUGCCACACUCAGCCUUUGGUUGGAAGUAGCACAGGGAAGCUGGACCUCCAGAGUGGGAGUUAGAGGUUCUCAGUCGACCAUGCUUCCUGCAGCAAGUUCCCCUGAAGAAAAUCUGAAUGAUGGUACCUUCCAUGGCCACCACAAUACUGUAUCCAUUUAUAUGAGACUAAAAAACAGGCAAAACUAAGCAGUGGUGGUAAAGUUAAAAUUGUUUUAUGUCAGUGGGGACAGUGUCAACUGGGAAGGAGCCUGAGGGAGUCUUCCAGGUGCUGCAAAUAUAUAAAGGUUCAUUGCACUAACUUUUUUUUUAUUAAGGUAUUAUUGAUAUACAUUCUUAUGAAGGUUUCACAUGAAAAAACAAUGUGGUUACUACAUUCACCCAUAUUAUCGUGUUCUCCCCCAUACCCGACUGCAAUCACUGCCCAUCAGCAUUGCACUAACAUUUUAGAUCAGUAUACUUUAUUACACAUCAAUAAAAAAGUUUUCAUGAAAAGUACAUAGUGUAUAAUUCCCUGAAUGAGUGAAAAACAAGCAAAACUAAUGAUGGGGGUAAAAGAAUUGUGGGAGCAGUGCUGCCUGGGAAGGGGCAUAAAGGAAUCUUCUGGGGCACUGGAAAUAUUUUAUAUCUUUAUCUGGAGAGUGGUUAUGUGGAUGUUUACAUGUGUAAAAAUUUAUUAAGCUAUGCACUUCAGAUCUAGGUGCUUUUAAGGUUUUUUACUCCACUUUAUUUUUUAACCAAUAAAAAUUUUAAUUUUAAAACAUAUACACACAAAAACAUAUUUGAACACUAUACAAAGUAUAUAAAGAAUAUUUAAAAAUAAAGAGAAAGUUGCCUGUCAAAUCCCUUCACUCUAUAGUCCCACUUUCUUUUCACAGCCAUGGUUUUAGUUUUUGUUAUUCUUACAACUAAAAGUGACAUUCUUAUAUUUGUUCUUGACUCACUAAUUUUAGGUAGCAUGUAUUGACU